GUUUUAAAUCUGAGAGUUUACAUUUCUUAAAACGUAAGCGUUAUUUAUCUACAUCUUUCUCAGGGUAAUGGACGCCGGAGCAAAAGUAAAGAAAGGUGCCGGUGGAAGGAAAGGCGGCGGCCCAAAGAAGAAGCCAGUUUCAAGGUCCGUUAAAGCUGGGCUUCAAUUCCCUGUCGGAAGGAUCGGACGUUACUUGAAGAAGGGAAGGUAUUCACAGCGUGUCGGAACCGGAGCUCCGGUAUACCUCGCCGCCGUUCUCGAGUACUUAGCCGCCGAGGUUCUCGAGUUGGCUGGAAAUGCAGCACGUGACAACAAGAAGAAUAGGAUCAUCCCAAGGCACGUGCUACUCGCUGUGAGGAAUGACGAAGAACUGGGAAAGCUUCUUUCUGGCGUUACCAUCGCUCACGGUGGCGUUUUACCGAACAUUAACCCCGUUCUUCUCCCAAAGAAGACUGAAAAGGCCGCCUCUAAGGAACCUAAAUCUCCAUCAAAGGCCACUAAAUCUACGAAGAAAGCUUGAUUUUUCUAAGGAACUUGUAAUAAUUUGGUUUUUUUUUAUUCUUCGUUAGAUUUAGAUAGUCUUGGAGUGGAUUUUGUGUGGAAUGGUUAAUGGGUGGGGGAAAAGACUGUCAUGGAAUAUUUGGUAUGUUUAAAUUCACAUUUGUUCCGUCUCAAUUGAAAUGAAACUACUUGUUUCCGUUAUUUACAUUUUUAA